AUGUCGCGGCAUCUCAAACGAAUCGGACGCGAAAGGCCAAAAUCGAGCGGGAAUUCGGGCCCAGAACUCCGAGUGUUAUUUGAAUAAUAUUUCACUCGUUUUCGUACUGAAAGUAGCGGACUAUCCGCUCGUGAUUGUAAGUGAACCACAUUCGCCGAGCUAAUUGGAAAUAAUAAAAUAAUUUUGGGCACUAAACGAUUGUGAAAACCCGAAGGUCAUUGUUACAACAUGCUGGAUUCGCGAAUGAGUAAAUAGCAAUUUUUGUUAAUUCCAGCGCUCCACUAAAUAAGUGAAGCAUCAACGGAAAAAACAAUAUUUUCAAACGCUAUAAGCAUUUUGUUCGUAAAAUAUCUGUGAGCGAGCCAAAUGAAAUGUAACCUAGAAGUAGCGGCACAUCGGAGUGAUUGAAUUUGUGAUUUUCGGUUAAAACCUGGCCCAAGGAUUCUUAAGGACGAAUUCAAGCGAAGGUGGACGAGUUCCCAUAUCCAAAUCUGGCAGACACUUUACCAGAAAGAACUUAGACACUAAGUAAUACUUAGCAAUACCAAGAAGGAUUUACGUUCCGAUAUACUACUGCAGCUGCGUCCCUGAUUGGCGACCACAGGAGUCGUCGCCACACGCACACAAUGAUUAUGACGAUGAUGCGGACAGCAAGGUCCUGCCAACAGGAAUCGGAAGUGAAGCAGCGAAAACAACAUAAGCAGCGCUGGCGACCCGACGGGGCACACAUAUCAGCGGCUUACGACCCCCGCAGUGAUAAUGACGACGGCCACCACAGGGUGGUGCAUAAUCAAAACAACGGCAGCCCAAACAGCUCGCCGAAUCAGAGCACUUCCGCCUUCCGACAGCGGCAGCCGCAGCCGCAGCCGCACCAGCCACCCACCGGACGACAGCAGCCCCGUGCAUCCUCCGCCGUAACCCACUUCUCCGGCCGGACAACGCUGCUCCCCCUGCUCGCCCUGCUCAUCCUGCUCUCCGCCUCCGCGCUGACAGCCUCUGCCAAUGUCACCAGCACCAUCAGUCCGCCCAUCAACGGCAGCAGCACCGAUUACAUCCUGCUUUACGGCGACUCCACCACAUCCAUCGUUCCCGCCCCGACCACCGGACGCUCGGGGGACGGAAGUGGUGCGGUCAUCGAGGACGAGGAGGACGCGGAGAAGGCCAGCGAGUACAUCUUUGAUCGCACCGAUGUGCGCAUAAUAUUCAUCACCCUCUACACACUGGUAUUUUGCUGCUGUUUCUUUGGUAACCUCCUUGUUAUUUUGGUGGUCACAUUAUCGCGACGACUCCGCUCAAUAACAAACUUUUUCCUGGCCAACUUGGCGUUCGCCGACUUCUGCGUUGGACUCUUCUGUGUGAUGCAGAAUCUGUCCAUCUACCUGAUAGAGAGCUGGGUCUUUGGCGAGUUCCUCUGCCGCAUGUACCAGUUUGUCCACUCCCUGAGCUACACGGCCUCCAUUUUCAUCCUGGUUGUCAUCUGCAUGGAGCGCUACUUCGCCAUCGUGCAUCCCAUUACCUGCAAACAGAUCCUAACUGCUGCUCGUCUGAGGAUGGUCAUUGUCACUGUUUGGAUUACAUCGGCAGUUUACUCCACGCCCAAGUUUGUUUUCAGCAAGACCAUUAAGAACAUUCACACGCAGGACGGCCAGGAGGAGGAGAUCUGCGUCCUGGACCGCGAGAUGUUCAACUCAAAGUUGCUGGACAUGAUUAACUUCGUGCUCCUCUACGUUAUGCCGCUCCUGGUGAUGACGGUGCUGUACAGCAAAAUCGCCAUCGCCUUGUGGCGCAGCUCGCGCGGCCUCACGCCACAUGUGAUGCAGCAUCAGCAGCAUCAGCAGCAGCAGCAGCAGCAGCCGCAGCAGCCAUCCUGCCAGGACAUGGGCAUGGGUAUGCACAACAGCAUGUACCACCACCAUCAGCACCCGCACCAGCACCACCACCACCACCACCACCAGCACCACCAGCUGGCAUCGGCGGCAUCCUCGGCAGGAUCUGUACCCCUGGCGGGAGUGGGGUUGGGCGGAGGUGGUGGAGGUGGAGGUGGUCCUGGUCCGUCACUCGCCUCCGGCGGCAGCAGCACCACGUCCUUGUCCCGCAAGCAGAGCAGUAAAUAUGAGAAGCGCGGCGUCAGCAUCACGGAGAGCCAGCUCGAUAAUUGCAAGGUGUCCCUGGAGGCCGAUCGUCCCAUUGUCAGCGCCUGCCGCAAGACGAGUUUCUACCACCACGGCCACGCCCACCACCAGCGCUCGGGCAACGCCUCCGCGGGCGGACUGGUUGCCGGUGGCGGGGGCGUCGCUGGAGCCACCCACAUGUCCCACUCCUCCAGCAAUGUCCUGCGCGCCCGGCGCGGCGUCGUCCGUAUGCUGAUUAUUUUCGUGCUGACAUUCGCCCUCUGCAAUCUGCCGUAUCAUGCCCGCAAAAUGUGGCAGUACUGGUCACGUUCGUAUCGCGGUGAUUCCAAUUUUAAUGCGCUGCUAACACCGCUCACCUUUCUGGUCACGUACUUCAAUUCGGGCGUAAAUCCCCUGCUCUACGCCUUCCUCAGCCGCAAUUUUCGGAAGGGCAUGAAGGAGCUGCUGCUCUGCUCCUGGAAGAAGGGCAAGGGCAAGUCCUCCUCCAACUCAUCGAUGCACCACAAGCGCAAGGCGCUGCAGACCCACUCGCUGCCCACGGACACCACCCACAUCGGGAACGAGCAGCUAUGAUGGCCACGCGGCUGGAGGAGACCGCUCAAGCUCUUCGGGCGCCGCUCCUAGGACGCAGCCCAUCGAAGGAUGGACCCACCUGCGGUCCGCUAGCUAGUAUUCCAUUGUGAUCUUGAUGCGCCUAUGAUGAGCCUAUCGCUCGGAUCGAGUCGGCGGCCAAAGCGGAACUGGUGUCAAGUUGUAUUGAUAGAGUAAGCCACUUCUUAAGGAAACCAAUUAACUUUUAUGCAGCUCCUGGAGCAUUGCUCUCAAGUUCUUAGUGUGUAAGCAGAUGGUUUAGUGCGAGUCGGCAUAAAUAAAUAAAAUA